AUGAAGCAGAAUGCUAGACAAAAGGCAUUAGCUUUGUUUACAGAGGCAACAAGCGGUGUUCUUGAGAAAGACUACGUAGAGUUUAUGCGCUUAAGAAAGGUCCCCCUUCAAAAGAGAAAAUGCUCUGAGAAUUCUUCUGAUGUCAUCCCGAUUAUACGCUCAGCUGCCAUGGAGGACCAGGCAGUGUGGGAGAAGGGAAAAAAGGCAUUUGUCUCCUUUAUCCGAGCUUAUAAGAAGCAUGAGUGCUCUCACAUUUUCAUAUGGAGAGAGCUUGAAGUCGGAAAGUUAGCCAUGGGAUAUGGCCUCUUGCAUCUUCCUUCAAUCUCUGAAGUUAAACAACAUAGACUUUACAGUGACGGUUUUACACCUGUUGGAGCCAUCAAGUUUCAGGACAUUAAAUUUAAGUAA